UUUUGUUAAUUUCUAUUUUCAUCUGUCUGAACUUAGUUAACUCAAAAGAAGCAAGCCAACUUUCAACUUCUAAUGAUUUAGAACAAAAGAAAGUCUCUUUAGAGAAUUCAAUAGCGAUAUAAAGUUUAAUACAGAUAUAGAAUAAGAAUUUACACAAUCAAAACGCGGCAAUAUGGUUCUGGCAAUCACACCAAGACAUUCUCCUUGUACAGUCGCCAUUGACAACAUUGGAGGGCCUUCAUGCUCCCAUCAAAACCGUCUUAUCCGAUUCUUACACGACUGUACAGACAUGUCUCAGCUCAAACAGAUACACGCUCAGACUUUGCGCACCACUUCCACCGGUAAUAAUUCGCAUACCAUUUUCAUAUAUAGUCGAAUCCUCCAAGUUUCGUCCAUGGCUGACACGGGCUACGCUUUUCGGGUCUUCGAUCAGAUUGAGCACCCAAAUUCAUUUAUGUGGAACACUCUCAUCAGGGGAUGUGCCCGUAGCGUUAAUCAUAAACAGCAGGCCAUACAACUCUACUGUAAGAUGUUAGAAGAAGGAAUUGUUAAGCCAGAUAAAUAUACUUAUCCAUUUGUUCUUAAAGCUUGUGCUUACUUGUUUUCCCUUUCCCAAGGGGAACAGUUACAGGCCCAGGUUAUAAAAUCUGGGUUAGGUUCGGACGUUUAUAUAAGCAACAGUUUGAUUCAUUUCUAUGCCUCUUGCGGACAUUUAGAAUUAGCUCAUAAAGUGUUUGAGAAAAUGUCCGUGAGAAGUUUGGUAUCUUGGAACGCAAUAAUUGAUGCAUUUGUUCAAUUUGGUGAGUUUGAAAACGCGUUGAAAUUAUUUAGGGAGAUGCAGAACAUGUUUGAACCUGAUGGGUAUACAAUGCAGAGCAUUAUAAAUUCCUGUGCUGGAAUUGGUGCGCUGUCUUUAGGAAUGUGGGCUCAUUCUUAUAUAUUAAGUAUGCCUGAUCCAACUAUAGCCAGCGAUAUCUUGGUUGCCUCUCACUUGAUAUAUAUGUAUUGCAAAUGUGGAUCCUUGGAAAUUGCUCAGCAGGUCUUUGAAAGAAUGCCUAGCCGUGAUAUAACUUCGUGGAAUUCAAUGAUUUUAGGAUAUGCUAUGCAUGGGCAGGCUAAGGCAGCUUUGGAAUGUUUUGCUCGCUUGAUCAAAACAGAGAGUUUUAAUCCCAAUCCGAUCACGUUUGUUGGCGUUUUGAGUGCAUGUAAUCACGCAGGCAUUGUUAGUGAGGGGCUUAAGUAUUUCGAACUGAUGGUGAAAGAGUACAAGAUUCAACCCCAACUAGAGCAUUACGGUUGCCUAGUUGAUCUUCUGGCUCGUGCUGGUUUCAUAAAUGAAGCUCUGAAUUUUGUGACUAAUAUGCCAAUGAAACCCGAUGCUGUAAUCUGGAGGAGUCUACUCAAUGCUUGUAGCAAGCAACGGGCAAGUGUUGAGCUCAGUGAAAAAGUAGCCAGACAGAUCCUAGAGUCUGAAGGAGCUGCUUCAAGUGGCGUUUACGUCCUUAUGUCAAGAGUCUAUGCAUCAGCAAGCCGUUGGGAUGAUGUUGGAUUGGUGAGGAAAUUGAUGACAGAAGAAGGUAUAGCGAAAGAGCCGGGAUGUAGUUUAAUUGAGGUUGAUGGAAUUACUCAUGAAUUUUUUGCUGGGGAUUCAUCUCAUCCUGAAUGUAAAGAAAUAUAUCGGUUUCUGGAUGUUAUUAAAGAACGACUCGAGUUAAUGAGAUAUUCACCAGACUUUUCACAGGCGCCUCUGGUUAAUGAGGGGGGCGAUACAAAGCAACACUCUCUAGACUUGCAUAGCGAGAGAAUUGCUCUUGCUUUCGGGCUUCUAAAGUUAAAACCAGGCAUCCCAGUACGCAUAUUUAAGAACCUUAGAGUAUGCAAUGAUUGCCACACGGUAUUCAAAUUGAUUUCCAGUGCAUUUAAUGUGGACAUUAUCAUGAGAGACCGUGCUAGGUUCCAUCACUUUAGUCAUGGCACCUGUUCCUGCAUGGACUAUUGGUGAAUCAUUCGCUGUUUUUUUUGGAUCAAAUAUUGCCUAUAUGUUCGUUACUUGAAAUUGAAAGUUUUAAAAAUGAAUAAAACUCUGUGCAUUGGAAUUCUUUUUCC